AUGUCUACCAAGAACGAGUACUAUACAUUGUUGAAUGUUGAUCCUUCAUGUUCUGAAUCGGACUUAAAGAAGGCUUACAGAAAGGCUGCACUUAAAUACCAUCCAGAUAAGAAUCCUCUGGCUGAAGCUCACGAAAAAUUCAAGAAAAUCUCUCAUGCAUAUGAAGUUUUAAGUGAUCCUGAAAAGAGAAGUAUUUAUGAUCAAUAUGGUGAAGAAGGUUUACAAGGUCAAGGUGGUCCAGGAAUGAACGCCGAUGAUAUUUUCAGUCAAUUUUUCGGUGGCGGUUUCCAUGGUGGUCCUCAACGUCCAGCUAGAGGCAAAGAUAUCAAACACUCCAUCUCAUGUUCUCUUGCUGAUCUUUACAAAGGUAAAUCUGUUAAACUUGCUUUGAAUAAAACCGUUCUUUGUAAAGACUGUGAUGGUCGUGGUGGUGCUGCUGGCAAAGUUCAAGAAUGUCCAGAUUGUCAUGGUACUGGUAUGAAAUUUGUAACUAAACAAAUGGGUCCUAUGAUUCAAAGAUUCCAAACUGUUUGUGACAAAUGUCAAGGUACUGGUGACUUGUGUGAUCCAAAGGAUCGUUGUAAGACCUGUAAAGGUGCCAAAACUCAAUCUGAAAGAAAGAUCUUGCAAGUCCAUAUUGAACCAGGUAUGCGUGAUGGCCAAAGAAUUGUCUUUUCCGGUGAAGGUGAUCAAUCCCCAGGUGUUACUCCAGGUGAUGUGAUUUUCAUUGUUGAUGAAAAACGUGAUCCUCAAUUCCAAAGAAAGGGUAAUGAUUUGUUUAUGGAAUACGAAGUUGAUUUAGCUACUGCAUUGUGUGGUGGUACUAUCUCACUCAAGGAUAUCUCUGGUGAUUAUGUCAAGAUCACUGUCAAACCUGGUGAAAUUAUUUCUCCUGGUGAAGUUAAAGUUGUUGAAGGUCAAGGUAUGCCAAUUUAUAGACAAAGUGGAAGAGGUAACUUGUUGUUGAAAUUCACUGUCAAAUUCCCAGAAAACAAUUUCGCAAGUGAAGAAAAAUUGAAGGAAUUAGCCAACAUCUUGCCUCCAAGAAAAGAAACUGAAAUUCCAAAAGAUGCUGAAAUUGACGAAUGUGAAAUGGUUGACUACAAUCCUGCUCAACACGAACAAAGUAGAAGAAGAGGAGAUGCUUAUGACUCAGAUGAUGAAGGUCAAGGUGGUGGUCCAGGUGUUCAAUGUGCCUCUCAAUAA